AUGUCUGCCCGCAUUCCCACUUCCACCUCCGUCAGCGAGUCGGCCGUCAUUGAAGCGCCCUUCAGCGAUGUCUGGCACCUGAUCAAGCUCCAGGACUUCAGCAAGUUCUGGUCUGCUCUCGAGAAGAGCGAGUUCGUCAAGGGCACAUCUGAGGAGGCUGAUGUCGUCAAAUGGGCUUUCAAGGACGGCUCUGCUGUCGAGGUCAAGCAGGAGGAGCACUCUAGCAUCGACCACUUCAUCACAUACAGCGUCAUCUCGGCUCAGCCUGAGCUCUCAUACUCCUCCGUCGUCUCUACCAUCCGCGCAUACCCCGUCACCUCUGGCAAGCACGAGGGCCAGACAUUCGUCACCUGGACUGGCAACUUCUCCAGCGACGCCGAUGCUAGUGUGAUCCAGGACGCCAAGUUCAAGCGCCGCGAAGCCCUUGCUGACCUCGCCAAGGCCGCCUCGAAGAAAUAGGUUGAUGUUAUCCUGUGGAGGAUUGAUAAGAAUGGAAACUCAGUGUUGACAAGGACACCAUAGUGCAUCUUCUCGAUUAUCACAUCCCAGUCAGAAAAGCG